CCGAAUAACAAUUGAAAUUCAAUCCCAAUCCCACAAAAUAAUACGUAUAUUCGAUAAUACCAAAUAUAAACAAAUUCGGUACGGUAUUCGGUAUAUCCCAAAUACCGGUACCAAACUUGCCGCUACUUUUAACUACUAAGACAAAACAAAGCUUUGACCCUUCACCAACCCAAGCCCAAUAGACUACAUGGGUCUGUUUAUGGUAAAGAGUAAAGACUGCGAACCAAUCUGCCCCACAAGGAAAGUCAAUUUUCCCUACUUUCCCUUUCGCACCCCUCUUCUCCGUGGAUUGAUCAUCCAGCGGCAGCUUUCACCAAAUGGCAUCGCCGGCGGCAGCAGCGGCAGCGGAGGAGAACCUCCCCCAGGUCCUAAUUCUGCUCAACCCACCGGCCUUCACCAUCUUCGGAGAAGAGUACUUCACUUCCUCCAAGUUCCGGUUCUUGAAGUCCUACGAAUCCAGCCUCCCGCUAGACGAGUUCUUGUCCGCCAACGGUCGGCCCAUGCGAGCACUCCUAGCCACUGCCGCGACUAUUGUGGGCGCCGGCGUCCUCGAGCUCCUGCCGGACUUGCGACUCAUCGUCACCACCAGUGCUGGGCUCGACCAGCUGGACCUGGCCGAGUGCCGCCGUCGAGGGAUCAGGAUUGCCAGCGCUGGGGAUAUAUACUCGGCCGACGUCGCCGAUUGCGCCGUGGGAUUGUUGAUUGAUGUGCUCAGGAAGAUCUCGGCUAGCAAUCGCUACGUCAAGAACGGGUUCUGGGCCUCUAAAGGAGACUAUCCCCUGGGUUCAAAGUUGCGGGGCAAGCGCAUUGGAAUAGUCGGACUGGGUCGAAUAGGGCUUCAAGUUGCCAAAAGACUCCAACAGGGCUUCGGCUGCACCGUUUCAUACAACUCCAGGAAGAAGAAGAACCCUGAUCAGGUUCCAUACCCUUUCUACCAAGACGUGCAGGAGCUGGCUGCAAACAGCGACGCUCUGAUCCUCUGCUGCGGAUUGACGGAGCAGACGCGGCACGUGGUCGACAAGGAAGUGCUGGCGGCGUUAGGGAAGGCAGGGGUGAUCGUCAACGUCGCUCGAGGCGCGGUGGUGGACGAGAAGGAGAUGGUGAGGUGCCUGGUGGAAGGAGAGAUAGCUGGUGCUGGGCUGGAUGUGUUCGAGGACGAGCCUGUUGUACCUAAGGAGCUGUUGGAGCUUGAUAACGUUGUGUUGAGUCCUCAUUCUGCUGUCUUGACCAGGGAAUCCAUGAUGGAGCUGGCCCGUCUUGUGGUGGGGAAUCUGGAAGCCUUCUUCUCGAACGAACCACUGCUGUCUGAGUAUGAGGAUGACUAAUUGCACGAAUUGCAGAGGGGGUUUAUUUGGUUUGUGUUGUACCGUUGGAAGUUGUAGCAAAUUCAAAUGUACCCAUCUUAUUUUGUUCUCACCGUUAUUAAAAAGAAUGAUUUUGACGUUUUAUGCAUAUUUUAGAUCUCAUCUUAUUCUUAAGUGUUCUAUUGUCAUAAUCAUAUGACUUGAAUUGUACUAUCAGCAGCUACGAUUGGAAUAGUCGGGGUCUGGGUCUGGUCUGGUCUGUAAUCGUUUCUUUUGUCCGAUUGGAUUAGGUUUAGACUCACAUGGAGAAAUAUAAAUACUUCUCAUCU